AUGGCAGGGAAGCUGGGGGUCCUCUUGCUGGCCCUCGUGCUCAGCCUGGCGCAGCCAGCCUCGGCCCGCCGGAAACUCCUGGUGUUUCUGUUGGACGGCUUCCGAGCAGACUACAUCAGCGAUGAGGCCCUGGAGUCCUUGCCCGGGUUCAAAGAGAUUGUGAGCAGAGGGGUCAAAGUGGAUUACUUGACCCCGGACUUUCCCACUCUCUCUUAUCCCAAUUACUACAGCCUCAUGACCGGUCGCCACUGUGAGGUCCAUCAGAUGACCGGGAACUACAUGUGGGACCCCGACAACAACAAGUCAUUUGACUUAGGUAUCAACAGAGACAGCCGGUUGCCCCUCUGGUGGAAUGGAUCAGAACCUCUGUGGGUCACUCUGACCAAGGCACAAAGGAAGGUCUACAUGUACUACUGGCCAGGCUGUGAAGUUGAGAUUCUUGGUGUCAGACCUACUUACUGCCUGGAGUAUAAAUCUGUCCCAACGGAUAUCAAUUUUGUCAACGCAGUCAGCGGCGCUCUUGAUGUCUUCAAGAGUGGCCAGGCGGACCUCGCAGCCAUCUACUAUGAGCGUGUCGAUGUGGAAGGCCACCAUUACGGGCCCUCGUCGGCACAGAGGAAAGACGCCGUGAAGGCCGUGGACACCGUGAUGGCGUACAUGACCAAGUGGAUCCAGGAACGGGAGCUGCAGGACGACCUUAACGUCAUCAUCUUCUCAGAUCACGGGAUGACUGACAUUUCCUGGACAGACAAAGUGAUUGAGCUGGAUAACUACAUCAGCCUCCGUGACCUGCAGCAGCUGAAGGGGCGAGGGCCCGUUGUGAGCCUGUGGCCGGCCCCCGGGAAGCAUUCUGAGAUAUAUAACAAAGUGAGGCGAGUGGAGCACAUGACUGUCUAUGAGAAGGAAGACAUUCCAAGCAGGUUCUAUUACAAGAAAGGGAAGUUUGUCUCCCCUCUGACCCUAGAGGCCGAUGAAGGAUGGUUCAUAACUGAGAAUCGAGAGUCGCUUCCAUUCUGGAUGAACAGCACUGUCACCCGCAAGCCUGAAGGCUGGCACUGGGGCUGGCACGGAUACGACAACGAGCUCAGAGCCAUGAGGGGCAUCUUCCUGGCCUUCGGACCUGAUUUCAAAUCCGACUUCAGAGCUGCUCCCAUCAGAGUCGUGGAUAUCUACAACCUCAUGUGCAAGGUGACAGGCGUCACCCCCCUGCCCAACAACGGGUCCUGGUCCCGGGUGAUGUGUAUGCUGAAGGACCCGGCCAGCUCGGCCCCGGGCGCCCCACCCAGCGGUGCACUGGUCACCGUCCUGCUGGCACUGCUGGUGAUGCUGGCCUAG